AUGUCAGAAAGAUCAAUUGAAGAAAGACAAGCUGAAUUUUCGUGCGACUUACUUGAUAUAGAACAAUUCAUAGUUAAUGUUGACGGUCAUGAAGAAUCACCAUUAGUUUAUCGUAGGGAUGACGAGCAAUUACCUAAUCGAGUUCAUUUUCUUAUUCCUGAAGGAGCCAAUUAUAAUAUCACUAUCAAAUAUAAAGUGAAAAAGAGACCAUUGAAGAAGACAUCAUUUCAUCAGAUCGUUAAGAAAAGAGGAUUCACAGUUAGAGAUAGAAAAGUACCAAUGCAUGACGAUGCUGAUGUUAAUAUCGAUGAAGAUUAUGUUCAUGAAGCAAUUUUACCUCAUGAUCAAGUCCCCAGUGGAUUUUUAGUUCGAGGUCAAUAUUCAGGUCAAAGCUUUAUUUAUGAAGAUGAUGAAGUGAUUUGGAACCAAGAUUUCAUUUUUGAAAUUAUUAAAAAGGGGAAUAAACCAACCAUGGGAGGAUAUGAUUAA